CGCCUCGCUGAUUACGUAAUGUCGCGGCGGCUGAGGCGGUUCCGCUGGCUGGUGUGUGCGCGGCGAGCGACUCCCAGUGCGGCCCGCUCAGCUACUACAGCGCCCGCGACCCCGCAGGCCCGUACGCCGCCUGAACAUGGACUCUGCUGGCCAAGAUAUCAACCUGAAUUCUCCUAACAAAGGCCUGCUGUCCGACUCCAUGACAGAUGUCCCUGUUGACACUGCAGUGGCUGCCCAGACUCCUGCCGUGGAGGGGCUGACGGAGGCCGAGGAGGAGGAGCUCAGGGCCGAGCUCACCAAGGUGGAAGAGGAGAUCGUCACUCUGCGCCAGGUCCUGGCAGCUAAGGAGAGGCACUGUGGGGAGCUGAAGCGGAAGCUGGGCCUCUCCACCCUGGAGGGCCUGAAGCACAACCUGUCGCGCAGCUGGCAUGACGUGCAGGUCUCUAACGCCUAUGUGAAAACUUCUGAGAAACUUGGAGAGUGGAAUGAGAAAAUGACCCAGUCAGACCUCUACAAGAAGACUCAGGAGACGCUGUCUCAGGCGGGGCAGAGGACGUCAGCUGCCUUAUCCACUGUGGGCUCUGCCAUCAGCAGGAAGCUUGGAGACAUGAGGGCUCGUCCGUUCUCACACUCCUUUAGCAGCAGCUCCGCCAUCCGCCACUCGAUAAGUAUGCCGGCCAUGAGGAAUUCUGCAGCCUUCAAGUCGUUUGAAGACCGAGUUGGGACCAUAAAGUCCAAGGUGGUGGGUGGCAGAGAGAAUGGCAGUGACAGCCUUCCGUCCCCGACCGGGAGUGACAACAAGCCCCUGCCCGAGCACACGCCUUUCUAAGCCCACAGCAGCUUUGCCCGGCCACAGGACAAGAAGACACCCUCACCGCCACACCUGCCACUGCAGCAUGGAGUGCCAGCCAGGCCGUGGGCGGGCGCCAUGAGCGGUUCUGAGGACAUUCGUGCCAUCCACACGUAGAUGUGGCCGCUGCGUCGCAUGACUGAGAUAACAGUCUGCACACAGAUGCUUUACCCUGAAGUUGGUGAUGCUGUCACAGGUCACCGCACUGUCCUUCCUUCCAUGCAGGAAGUAGGCGGGGCAGGGGUCGCGGCCAAGCUCUCUUUGCAAUCUUGUUAGUUCGUCAGGAUGCUCAAAGAACGGGAAGAGCGAGGAGUAUCAGUGUCUUUUCUAACCUUGGUCUUCCCUGAGUCACAGCUUCUGAGACCCUCCAAGAAGAAACAGAUUAUCAGCAGCUGCCUAAUUGUUACAAUAAUGAUCUAGCUUUAACAGAAGCAAAUUCUUUAUUUUUUAAAUGCAGUGGAUUUUUCAAAAUUUAAAACUAAGCAAAGCAGCUUUAGCCUCAUAGUUAGAAAAUAUUUGUUUGGACUCAAGCUGAAAUACAAGCCUUAUGUCGCCUUAUGCUUUACUUGUUUAUAAUGUUUUUAUAUAUGAAAACGAGGGUUCCUUAGUGGGUUUUGAGCACUAGGAUUCUGCAUUUAGCCCGAGGGCAGCAUGCCUGUACUGUGGUGUGUUUUUUUUUCACUAACGCGCUCCAUCCCAGUGGGUGAAACUCACUUCUCUGUCCUCAAUGACCGAGGCAGCUCCUGCUGGCCAGAGGGCUCCUGGGCUCCAGGAGAAGGAAAAGCCAGCACCCUCCAUAGUGGUGUGGCCAGGCCUGGCCGGCGUGUCCCUGGUCAGUGGCUCCCACCUGCCUGUUUACCGUAUGCCAGGGCCAAGUGAGCAGCUGGCGGAUCCUGCAGGGCGGGUCCAGGCUGGGUGUGGGGUCAGCUGGAACUCUGCUGUCACCUUUCUCAGGAGCUACAAAGAUCUCUCCCAUUUUGAAGCUGCCACAGCCCAGCAGCCUCUCACCUAGGGCCCCACAUGGCGGGUGUGUCUGGAGGGCCAGCUGUGCCUUACUGGCUCUGAGGGUUGGGGUGCACCCUAGCCUGCAUGUGCAUCUGUCUGUGCCCAUCCUGGGGGCCUGUCAGCUCAGUGUCCACUUUGGGGGACAGUGAUGUGCUCUCUGGACCUAGGUGUCUGCUGGUCCAUGCUGGUGCCAUGGAAAGAAUGCCAUGCAAUGUCCUCUCUCCAGAGUUAGAAUGUCUCAGAUGGGCUGCGGAGAAGGCAAGAUUUGUUUUCUCCUUGAAGUAAAUAAUGGGUACUCCGUCAAUAAAGCAUUUCUCUGGGGGCAAAGCCACUUCA